AGUUAUUUUACAGCUUUAACAUAUUAGAUAUUUACUGUAAUAUAUAAAACAAUUAAUAUCAUUUUGAUGUUCGGCGAAUGCUUUUGUCAUUAUAAUGUGAUGGUGUAUUUCUUCGAGACAAGAAAUCUUCAUUGCUCCCGCUACAAACAACUGGUAUCUUUACAAAAAAAAAACCCCGGUUGAUUUUUUUGUUUCAUAACAUUUAAUCGACGACUUGAUAUUGAAUUACCACAUAUACAUGGUCUCACAGCUUGACUUUACCACCCAAGCCGACCUUCUUUCUCUUUACAAACCUGCGUCUGACCCUUUUUCUUUCACGAACUUGAGUGACUCGACCAAAAAGCAUUAUCUAAGUGGACUAGAGACUAGUAUAAAAAAGACAAAGAUUAGGAUAUUAAGUGAUGUCGAAAAAAUGAGUGUCUCUAUGUUGCCUUCACAGUCAAUCCAUACCCAAGAUUUGAUGUCCUCUGGAUUGAAUUACAACAAUAAAGUUGAUUCUGGGAGAUCCGGAAACUACUUUUACUCGAAGUCACGUAAUCAAUUACAGAAUUUAAGUCCUUUGAGACCAACCUACGGGAAGAAAAUGUCUAAACACUCAGAGUCUCAAGGUUUGUCAUCUGCGUCGAAAGGCUAUUUAAAAGACUUUGCUUUGAAAAGCUCCCUAGAAGUCCCCUCGUUAAUAAUGCAUAGCACUCCAAGUGAAAAUAAGUUAUCGGGAGCUCGUUUUGCGAAUACGGUGUAUAGUUCUAAUACGUCUAAUGGACAAGGGAAUUCUAGUGAAAUUAAUUCUAGAAACAAUAGGGAUUUAUCCGGAACAUCUCGCGACUACGACGACCAGAGUGACGGUAACUAUUAUGAAGAAAGCGGAGCCCCGUAUGAGAAUAGCAAUGAAGAUGAUUACGAUUAUGAUGAAAACAGCGACUCUAGCACUAAUGACACUAAUAAUAAUGAUGACAAUUAUGAUGAUCAAGAAAGCAAUAAUGAUAAUGGUGACGAAGGGCACGAUGAUAGCGACGAAGAUGAGGAAGACGAUGAAGACAAAGAAGAAGAAGAAGAAGAAGAAGAAGAGAAGGAUGAGGAUGACUAUAGCUUCAGAAAUGUCGCCUUUCGGAGUUCAGAUGACAUCUUUCGUCGCCGCUCUGGAAGAAACUUUCGUGAUGAGAUUGGUGACAACUUUGAUGAGCAAUCUUUAUUUAGUGAACUCAACCGGCUUCAGAGAAGUGAUCGUUUUCGCCGUUUAGCAUCAAGUGUCCUUUCUUCAGGUAAUCUGGAGAAUGCAGAUGAUGAUGAUCUCGGGGCUAGCGAUUUUCCCUUUAACCCUCUUCGCCCUUCGGUUUUCGCUCCUUCUGGCCAAUUCUCGCGUCUAUUAAGAGGGAUUAAAGAUUUUAGCGACCCAACCAUCCAGUUACUUUCUCUUCAAGAACUUUCUGAAACUCUCGCGAUGAGUACAGAAGAUAUGUUAAUAGGAGUUUUUUCCCCGGACGCGUUCAUUGCGGCCUUUUCAGAUAUUCUUUCCUCUGAAAUUUUAAUUGGGGAAACUGCAAUUCAAUUAAUGCUGACUUGUGCCACUUGCAUAUCUAACAUGAUGGAAGCUCUUCCAAUUUCAAUGGUUAAAGUUGCCCACAGUCCCAUUGUCCGUAUCCUAUGCGAAAGGAUGUUUGACAUGCAAUACAUAGAUAUAGCUGAACAAGCUUUGGGAAUUUUUGAAAAGCUGUCUGUUGACUUUGGGAAUUGUAUUUUACAACACCGUGGUAUGCUGGCUGCUCUGCAAUAUUUUGAUUUUUUUUAUACGAACGUUCAAAGAACGGCUAUUUCACUUUCUGCCAAUUGUUGUAAGCAUAUCGAUGAAUUUAAUGUCGAAUUUGCCGAAGAAAUUAUCCCAUUAUUAUCCAAUACUUUACAGUCUUCUGAUCCGGUCGUCGUAAUGAAGGGUUUUGAGUGUCUGGAAAGCAUUAUUGAAUCAUUAAAUUUCUCUCCAAACAUAAUUAAAUCACUCAUAAAUGAAGACUUAAUUAGCAUUGUCACAAAAGCUUUGAACGCUAGCACUAUGCAGAAGAAGGCCACUGAUCUUCAAGUUCAACUUUUUCACAUAAUUGCAUCGUUAUGUAAGUCUUCUAGUUCUUUUAUACUACCUGUUUUGAAUCAAGGACUUCCAGAAAUAAUGUAUGAAUUGUUGUGUGGGAUUCCACCUCCAGAGACCUCACAUCAUUCAAGCAUGGUAGCAAUGCAAAGUCUAUAUCACUGUCCGAACAACCUCAUUACUGCUUUAUUACGAACUAUAAUCUCGUUUAUACCUAAAGCCCCCUUUGCCGGACAAGAAGAUUUGAUAUCACGAAUUCAUCGAAUGGAUAGUAUACUACUGCCGAUUGUACUUGACAUUUAUUCGACUGUUCCUACUCAUGAAGUGAAGCUGCUAGCAGUAUCUACGGCACUUAUGAUGCUAAGGUCAAUCAGCGGCGAAGAUCUCAGAUGUCUAGUAAGAAGUUUACCUUUAUCAUCCUUUAUUGCAUCUAUUUUAAGUGCUAGGAAGGCCGACAAUCAUUCAAAGCAGAACGCCUUGGAAAUGGCAAUUUACCUCCAUGAAGCCCUACCUGAUAUUUACCAUUCUCUGUUUAUAAGGGAAGGCGUUGUGCAAGAAGUUGGAUACAUAAAUCGUUCCAUCAAUUCGGAUUUAAAGAAGCUUAAACUCAGUAUUUCCUUCUCGCAGUCCAAGUCAACUCAUCGACACGAAGAAUUGAAAAAACUUUCAUCCAUUAAGGCUUUAUCGAAGAGUUUCUUAGGCCAUUACGAGAUCGAAAGCUUAGAAAACCCAGUGCUUCAUGAUUUAGUAGAUCUGUCAAAGCGCUUAGCUAAUGACGUUUACGUCGGAAGCUCUUGUGAAGAACUUGCUGUGGUUUUCCAAAAAACCUCCAACAUUACUAGUUUCGAAUUGUUACACUCGGGUCUAAUCCGUAGUUUGCUUUUAUCCUUGCGGAAGUCCGAUAAUAACACAUUAAGGUACUUUUUGUUGUCAAUGAACAAAAGUAAAGAAACGGAGGUUUUAGAAUAUGAAGGAAGUCCGCUUAUGUCGUUCAUAUUUUGUUUACAGGAGCUUUUGUCGAGAAUUGAAAAUUUUCAAUUAACACUUUUACCUUCUCUUUCAGAUAAUUCUUUGGAACACGUUUCGUCAAAGCAAUUCAAAGUUCGAUUAAUUGCUCUUCCCGGAUCCAAUAUACAACCUCCUUUCCGUUCAUUAAUUGUAUCAAUAAACGGGUUAGCUACCAUUCGGGUACUAGAUAAUUAUUUAUAUAGUCGAGUGCUACAUCGUGGUGAAAAUGAGCGCCGACGGUUAUCAUUUCCAGAAGCUGAUUCGUUGCAGGAGUCAGGAGACUCAACAAGACAUGAAUCUUUUGAAAAUUCAAUGGAUUUAUCGCAGAAUGAAAACACUUCUGCUGGCUCAGGUUCUGUAAAUGAAGCUGACUCUUCUGUAUCGGGUGAACUGGGUUCUAGACAUUUUGCAUUUUGCCUUGGAAAAAAACUUUUAACGCCAGAAACUACUAUAUUUAAAGCAUUAUUUCAUUUUAUUGAAACCUCGGAUGAGCAUACUAUUGAUGAUAUAUGGAAAACAACGAUCCCUCUAUAUUAUGGUGAACCCUCUUCUUACAAGGAAGAUAAUGAGGCUCAAAAGUCUGUGGACGAAUCGGAAGAAAUUCCCAACAAAAUUAAAGAGAUACUAGAAAUUUUACGUGUGUUAUACUAUGGUGUUCGUGAUUUACAUACUAUAUUUCCUGAAAAGCAUAUUCGCGGAAGCCUUGAAAACGUACUUAUGGACUUCAGUAACUGGAAAUUGAGUGCUAAACUAAACCGUCAAUUGGAAGAGCAGCCUAUAAUUGUGCAUGGUUGUAUACCUUCGUGGUGUAUCUCUUUAACUUCUGAAUAUCCUUUUUUAAUACCCUUUGAAUCACGCUAUCAACUUUUGCAAUCAACGUCCCUGGGUUUAGCAAGGUCCGUGUCGUUUAUUUUAUCAAGAAAUUCCAAUUUGCCCAAGAAUGAAGGUUCGUCUAUACUCCAAUACGUUAGUUUACGCCGUCAGAAAAUCAGAAUACCAAGAAAAGAUAUGUUUAAUUAUGCUUUACAGGUUCUAUCUAGUUAUGGUUCUUCUGAUAAGGUAUUAGAAAUAGAAUAUGAAGACGAGGUUGGUUCUGGGCUAGGUCCAACAUUGGAAUUUUAUACUACUGUUUCUAGAGAGUUUACGAACACUGCUUUGGACAUUUGGAGAAAUGAGCAAGGUGAUUCACAAUAUGUUUUCCAUGCAUCUGGUUUAUUCCCUUCGCCUAUAUCAAUGGCUGAAGGAAGCGAUGAAAGUAAAAGAAAACUUUCUCUAUUUUCAGCAUUAGGAAAAUUUGUUGCACGUUCAAUUUAUGACUCAAGAAUCGUUAGUUUGCAGUGUAAUCCUCUAUUUUUCGCAAGAGCUAUUCCGUUGACUAUUUCCUCAGUUGCAAAGGUAGAUAAAGGUCUGGCGAAUUCUCUGCGUUACUUGGAAUCCCUAAUUUCCGGGGAGGAUGGUCACAUUAAUGACAUAGACAUAGAAAGCUUGGGUCUUGAUUUUACGCUUCCAGGGUAUUCUUCUAUAGAGCUAAUACCCAACGGAAGUACUGUCUCUGUCAACAAGAGUAAUCUGAAAGAUUACAUCGAACACAUAAUUGACUUCACCGUUGGUAAGGGGGUUAGGCGACAGAUUGAGUGCUUUCAAGAAGGAUUUUCAAGUGUCUUUGCUUACUCUUCACUUAAAGUAUUAACGGAAUAUGAACUUUCAUCCCUAUUUGGGACGAUUGAUGAAGACUGGAGUUAUGAAACACUUCUUAAAUUUGUUGUUGCCGAUCACGGAUAUACUAUUGAAAGCGCACCUAUUCAAAGACUUUUACAAUUGAUGAGUAGUAUGAAUUUCCGAGAGCAAAGAGAUUUUCUUCAGUUUAUAACUGGUAGUCGAAAAUUACCAAUAGGUGGUUUUGCCGGUAUGAAUCCACCAUUCACAAUCGUGAGACGUUUGAAUGAACCACCCUAUAAACCUGACGAUUAUUUACCAACUGUUAUGACUUGCGUAAAUUAUUUGAAAUUACCUGAAUAUUCUUCUGUGGACGUUUUGGCUAGUCGUCUGUCAAAAGCCAUUUUAGAGGGUCAAGGUAGCUUUCAUCUGUCGUAAUUAUUGCGCUUGUGAAGUGAGCAAAUAAUUUUUUAUUUUUUUUUUAAAAAAAAAAAAAUAAAUAUAAAAUAAUGACAUGAAAUGAAAUGCAUCUAUCAUCAUACUAUAGCAGUUCAUCGCAAAUAUUAUUCAUUUACUAAAUAACUACUACAUCUUUA